GGAGAAAACCGAAGUCCUCAAUGAUGAUCUUCUACAGAUCGAGAGGCGGCUCGACACGGUCCGAUCAGUGUGCCACAAUUCCUAUAAGCGCCUAAUGGGAUGUUUCCAGGGUCAGCAGGGAACCGAUUCAGAGAAGAGACAUAAAAAACUCCCUCAGACAGCACUUGCUCAAAAUAUGCAAGAAGCAUCCGGUCAGCUUGAAGAUUCUCUCUUGGGGAAAAUGUUGGAGACAUGUGGUGAUACUGAGAAUAAACUGGCCAUUGAGCUCUCGCUACACGAGGUCUUGGUUGAAAAGGACAUAAUGGAUCCACUGAAUACACUAGCAGAGGUGGAAAUUCCCAACAUUCAGAAGCAGAGGAAGCAGCUUUCUAAAUUGGUAUUAGACUGGGAUUCUGUCAGAGCCAGAUGGAAUCAAGCUCACAAGUCUUCAGGAACUAACUUUCAGGGCCUUCCAUCAAAAAUAGACUCUCUGAAAGAAGAAAUGGAUGAAGCUGCUAACAAAGUAGAACAAUGCAAGGAUCAACUUGCCGCAGACAUGUAUAACUUUGUAGCCAAAGAGGGAGAGUAUGCCAGAUACUUUGUUAUGUUAUUAGAAGCCCAAGCAGAUUACCAUAGAAAGGCAUUAGCAGUCUUAGAAAAGGCCCUCCCUGAAAUUCAAGGUCAUCAAGACAAAUGGGCAGAAAAACCAGCCUUUGGGACACCAUUGGAAGAGCAUCUGAAGCGCAGUUCUCGUGAAAUUGCACUCCCCAUCGAAGCCUGUGUAAUGCUGCUUUUAGAAACUGGCAUGAGAGAGGAGGGCUUGUUCCGUAUUGGAGCCGGAGCCUCCAAGCUGAAAAAACUGAAGGCUGCCUUGGACUGUUCAACUUCCCAACUGGAUGAAUUUUAUUCAGAUCCUCAUGCUGUUGCAGGUGCCUUGAAGUCAUAUCUGCGGGAAUUGCCUGAACCUUUAAUGACCUUCAGUCUGUAUGAGGAAUGGACCCAGGUUGCAAGUGUGCAGGACCAGGACAAGAAACUUCAGGAUUUGUGGAGAACCUGUCAAAAAUUGCCAAAGCAAAACUUCACCAAUUUUAGGUAUUUAAUCAAAUUCUUAGCGAAGCUUGCACAAACCAGUGAUGUUAAUAAAAUGACACCCAGCAACAUUGCUAUAGUAUUAGGCCCAAAUUUGUUAUGGGCCAAGAAUGAAGGAACUCUUGCUGAAAUGGCUGCAGCAACCUCAGUCCACGUGGUAGCAGUUAUUGAACCAAUAAUUCAACACGCAUCUUGGUUCUUUCCUGAAGAGGUGGAUUUUAACGUUUCAGGAGCAUUUGUGCUUCCUCCCAGUAAUUCUAAUCAUUUGGCCCACACUGGAAAUGACUAUGACUCAGGGACUCUUGAGCGGAAGAGACCUGCAAGUAUGGCUAUAAUGGAGGGAGACUUGCUCAAGAAGGAGAGCUUUGGUGUGAAGGUUAUGGACUUCCAGGCAAACCGGAGAUGUGGCACUAUAAAUAGAAAGCACACAUCCCCUGCUUUCCAGCCACCACUUCCCCCCACGGAGGUGGGCACGCUGGUUCAGCCCGGGGCAGAGCCGCCCUCCCAGAGCUCUGGCUCCGAAACCGGCCCUGUAGGUGUUGCUUUUACCCCUUCUGCUGGCGCAACAGAGCAUUUGCAAAGUCAAGGGAGUGAUGAUGUCAGCCCUCCUAAGCCUAAGGAGGCUGCGGCUGCAACUACACCACCACCUUUGAGGAACGGUGGCCAAGUUACCACGGGGCAGAAUCCACCCCAGCCAACCAGUGGCCCCAACCAGCUCUCCGUUGGAACGGCCCUGAAUUCUGCCGGCCCCAGCCCUCACAGUGUGCGACGAGCUGUUAAAAAGCCUGCUCCCGCCCCUCCAAAGCCGGCCAACCCACCCCCCGGGCAGCCUGGAAACCACGGUUCUUCUGCCGCAUCUCAUCAGCCCCCCACUAUCUCUCCCAAGCCAGCCACGAGAAGUCCUUCUCCUCCUAGUCAACAGGCUACUCAAGGAUCAGGCCAGACUCCUGCUGCUUCCCAGAUUUCCGCUCCCAGGAGAUACUCCAGCAGCCUGUCUCCCAUCCAAGCACCUAACCACCCUCCCCCACAGCCUCCCACUCAGGCUACUCCUCCAUUGCAGACCAAGCUAAGUAGUCAGGCCCCUUCUCACCCGGUAGCUCCCACCAGCAAGCACAGCCCUGAGCAACCUUCUUGUACCCCUCCACAGACUCCAACUCCUCCCGGUACCCCGCCUCUGGGAAAACACAAUCCCAGCUUUCAAGCACCACCUCAGCCCCAGGUGGCCAGUAACCCAGAGACUUCUCAUCCCCAACACUCUCCUCCUCAUACCGGUACAUUGCCAAGACCCAAACCGGUCCCAAAGCCCCGGAACCGACCGAGCGUCCCCCCUCCUCCUCAUCCCCCUGGAUCCCACUCAGCCGGAGAUGGCGGUCUCGCAAACCCAACUCAGACAUCUUCCAAAAUCGUCACCGACUCCAAUUCUAAUGUUCCAGAACAGCUUCACAGCCUCUUUCCCGAACUUCCCCUGGAGUCAGCGAGCAAGGAACUGCACAGCCACCUUGUGCUGGACAUUGACAAUGAUACAGAAAGUACCGCUCUGUGAAGGAAGCCACACUCCGGCGCGUCUAACUCCUGCCUCCCAUCGAGACAGAGGGGAAACAGACUCUUGCAUCAAGACCAAACAGUGAAAAGCUUUUUGUGGAAGAAAUAGGCCAGCUAGGUGGAAUGUUCCAUUCUGCAUGGCUAGCAAAGAAACUUGCGGGUAUCACUUGAAGCUUAAUGAUCUGUGGCUUGAUCUGUGCUUUUUUUUUUCCUCUCUAAAAUACUCAAGGAACUUGGGGUGCAAAGAGUUCUAUCACUGCAGAAAUUUCCAUAGGAAGCUUAAUUACUGCUGUCGAUACAAGUGUCCACAGCAGAAAUUCCAAAUGAAUAGGAAGCAAUGCAUUAGUUAACUAUUUAAUAAACCGCAUGAAUUAUGCCAGAUUCCCUUACUGCCACUUAGGCUUUAUUAUUCCUAUACUUUAGACCCUAGUUAGAAAUGAUGCAGAGAAAGAAACAUUCCCUCAUUGAGUUGCUUUGAACUCUUUCAGUUUCAGCAUGACCCACUCACUCAAAGAUUAAGAGAAAAAAAAGCCACAAGUGCUCGUAGUGACUGCUGGAUCUGUCACCCAUUCAAACUGUGGAUGUAUUCUAGUGCCUUGUUGGACUGCCAGACUUUAGAAGGAAAUGUACUGUUCUUUUUUUUAACCAUUUUAUUGCUACUCUAAGUACUGAAUAUAAUCUUGAUUUCGUAGUUAA